AUGGUGGUACUUUGUUGCACCGCACCUAGUAGAUCAAAAUCAACAAACUACCACAAUACCCACUAUCUACAAUCAACUACUAUGGCAAAAACUUCAUAUAAGAAGAAAAACCCACAAAAUUCUUCAUACGUCCUUCCUUGUUCAAAUACACACUGCCAGCCUAUCAUGACGGAUAUCCACGUUUACUCGGAACACUACCGCUUCAUCCCCGCCUUGCGCAAAAUACAGCCAGGUCUAUACACGUAUAAACAACAACACAGCAAAGUAGACAGCAUCUCACAAACAAGAAAUCCCACUACGUCUACAUCUACAUCUAAAAACUCAAAACUCAAGCUUCAACGACAUUAA